AUGCAGAACCUGCAGCACAACACGUUGCUCCACUUGAGCGCCAACGCACCAGAAGAACGGAACAGCACCUCAGAUAGCACAAAGAGCCCAAAGCAGGAAGGCUCGACGUCAACGGUAGUGACACAUGCAUCGAGUGACUCCACUAAGGAUUUUAUGCUCUCCAUAGCAGUGGUCAACGCCAUUGACGGCAAUAGAGCCGCACGGCCUUGCCAUGUGUUGCUAGAUUCAGGCUCACAGGCCAACUUUAUCACAACAGAAUUCGCAGAGGCUCUUGGCUUACCAUCGCAUUCACUAAAUGCAUCGAUAUCCGCCAUCAACAACUUCACCAUGAACUCCACUCAAGCAGUCAAGGUAACAUUCCAAUCUCGAUUGAAUUCCUACUCCAGGAUAUUGGAUUGUGUAAUUACUGAACAAAUAAUAGGCCAAAUCAAGGCCACUCCAGAUCAUCCGACGCUGCAGAAAAUAAGGCUUAGAUGGAUUUUAGCGGGACGUCACAUCAAUGUGACCUCACCCACAAGAACCUUGCAGACUUUCACCACAACCAUAUCAAAUGCGCAGCUGAACGAGCAACUAGUUCGAUUCUGGCAAAUCAAAGAUGUCGGUGAAGUUGUCAUUAAUAAUAAAAACGAUGCUUAUUGCGAGGAGCAUUUUUUAACCAACGUGUCGCAGGACCCCCAUGGCAGAUAUGUCGUAAGAAUGCCAGUAAGGGAUCACCUGAUUGAUAAAAUUGGAAAUUCAAGAGAUGUCGCCUUGAAGCGGCUGCGAGGAGUCGAACGGCGGUUUUCUCGAGAUGCAACCUUGAAGGAGCAAUACAUUCAUUUUAUGAAUGAAUAUCAGACGUUGGGACACAUAAAGGAAGUCGAAGUUAAUGCUGACGAUAACCAACCGUCCUUCUAUCUACCACAUCACUGCGUAUUCAAGAAAGCUAAUCAGUCGUCAAAAAUUUGCGUCGUUUUCGACGCUUCGUGUAAAAGCGACACAGGAGUGUCACUGAAUGAUGCCUUGAGAGUCGGGCCAGUGGUGCAACAAGACCUGAUGUCAAUUGUUAUACGCUUUCGGACGUUCACUUAUGUGCUGAUUGCCGAUAUCAUCAAGAUGUAUCGUCAGGUACUCGUUCAUCCCUCACAAACAUCUCUACAAAGGAUUCUGUGGCGCAAUGAUACGGAAUCUGACGUCAAGACCUACAAACUAACAACAGUCACUUAUGGAGCCGAUACCAUCUCUGAAGCUAAUUCCGUUCGCAAUGAGGUGAUUCAACUGUUGAGGCUGGGCGCAUUUAAAUUGAGCAAAUGGGCAUUCAAUAGCCCAGAGUUAUUGGACUCGCUAAACAAUAAGAACGAGGAACCAGUAGUCAUCAGUGACAACGUGGACACCAAUAUCCUUGGUAUCAAUUGGCAUCCUAAAACGGACACGUUGCAUUUUUCCUAUGAGCCUGACCAAUCACACAAGGUGAUGUCCAAACGUACAAUUCUUUCAGAUAUUUCAAGAUUGUUCGAUCCUUUGGGACUUCUGGGUCCAACGAUCGUUAUCGCCAAACUAAUUUUGCAAGAUCUUUGGCGGUCAAACAUCGGGUGGGACGAAUCCAUACCACAGACCGUCCACACACGCUGGUCCAUGUUUCAAUCACAGUUAACCGAGCUCAACCAACUGACAAUUUCAAGAUGCGUCAAAUAUGGAAGCAAUCGUCAGGACUCACAAAUACAUGGUUUCUGUGAUGCCAGUCAAUAUGCAUUCGGAGCGUGUGUGUAUUUUCGAACUGACCUUGGAGAUGGCAAUCUUCGAUGCGAACUAGUGUGCUCGAAAUCAAGGGUAGCACCGCUUAAGGCAAUAUCCCUACCAAGGUUAGAGCUGUCGGCAGCAUUGCUGCUAGCACGGCUGAUGAACAAGCUAAAGAUAGCAGCGGAUUUGACUAACAUCAAGGUAUACCUUUGGUCAGAUUCAACUAUCACGCUAAAUUGGAUAGCUUCAGAGUCACGAAGAUACUCCGUGUUUGUUGCAAAUUGCAUCGGCGAAAUACAACGACUCACAUCCGACAUGAGUUGGCGACACGUGCCAUCUGGCCAAAAUCCAGCCGACCUGCUGUCACGAGGAUUGAACCCACACGAACUGAUCCAGGCAACCACGUGGUGGAAUGGACCCAACUUUCUACAAGCUCCCGAAGACUAUUGGCCCUUUGUCGAAAUGUCAUCUCAAGAGGAUGAACCUUUAGAACUUCGAAAAAUCCAUGCACACGUCGUCACGAUGAAUGAUAACAUAGUAGAAACACUACUUAACAACCAUUCAAAUCUCAAUAAGGCUUGUCGCAUCCUAGCGUACUGUCUAAGAUUUCUGCGGAAAAAACCAAGAGCCAUCACUCAUUUCAUUUCACACGAAGAAAUCAAAUCAACACUGCACCUAAUGUGUAAGAUUGUGCAACAAACUACCUUUCCCGAAGAGUACAAAGCCUUAGAAGGAAAUCAGACUGCCAAACCUAUCCUUUCCGAAGCCCUCUUCGGAUGGCCUGCCAGUCGCGUUACGAUCUCCAGACCAUUUUCCCACUGCGGCGUGGACUACGCCGGUCCACUGAUAUUGAGGGAAGGUAAACGUCGCAACGCGCGGAAUCAUAAGGCGUAUGUCGCCAUAUUCGUGUGCUUCACUACGAAGGCAGUGCACGUAGAAUUAGUAAGUGAUUUAACCUCAGACGCGUUUUUAGCAGCACUCAAAAGAUUCAUAUCGCGACGGGGCAAGCCUGCUCAAAUGAAUUCCGACAACGGCACCGCCUUCGUUGGAGCUUAUAAUCAAUUGCGAGAAUUUUUUGAAUUUUUAAGUAAGGCCAAUGUACAGGAGCUGUGGGAAGCUGCCGUAAGGUCUGCGAAAACCCAUUUGUAUCGAAUUGUCGGGAAGGCGCAUUUAACAUUCGAAGAAAUGCAAACAAUCCUGUGUGAGAUAGAAGCGAUAUUGAAUUCGCGACCUAUAUCUCCAUUGAGCGAGGAUCCCAAUGAUCUCACUUAUCUAAGCCCGGGACAUUUCUUGACUGGGCGAGUACAACAGGUCUAUCCUGACAGCGAAGAUGUUAUUAGAAUCGCCGCAAUAAAAACGGUCAAGGGUGUACUUACGAGACCGCUAGUUAAAUUGGCGAUACUACCCAUCGAGCCGACAAUCAGCAACGACCCUUAG